CUGGUUGGGGUUCCUAGGGCCAGUCCUGAAGGCAGAAGAAGAGGAUGUCUUUAUUGUCCAUCUAAAGAACUUUGCUUCCCGCCCAUACUCUGUGCAUCCACAUGGGGUAUUCUAUGACAAGGACUCCGAAGGAGCACUUUACCCUGAUGGAACCGGCGGUAAAAGCAAAGAGGACGACUUUGUUGUUCCCGGUGGAAAUUACACAUACACAUGGCCAGUAAGGAAAGAUUAUUCCCCAACUUUGGCAGACUCAAACUGCUUGACUUGGAUUUACCAUUCUCACAUUGACACACCAAGAGAUAUUGCAUCUGGUUUAAUUGGGCCACUGCUGGUUUGUAAAAAAGGAACUGCAGAUGAGACCUCAAUAGAAGGGACUGGUGCUGCUAACGCUUUUGCCCUGAUGUUUAGCAUUGUAGAUGAAAACUUCAGCUGGUACCUCGAUGAGAAUAUAAACACCUUCUGCUUAGAACCAGCCACAGUUGACAAAGAGGAUGAAGGUUUCCAGACCAGCAACCGAAUGCAUGCUAUUAAUGGUUAUAUUUAUGGCAAUCUCCCCGGCUUGGAGAUGUGUGCUGAAACUUCCAUAUCCUGGCACUUGUUUGGCAUGGGAAGCGAGAUAGAUAUCCACGCUGCGUAUUUCUACGGCCACACGUUCACUAACAGAGACCAGAGGGCAGAUGUCGUUGGUCUGUUCCCAGCAACAUUCAUCACAGCGGAGAUGACUCCUGGGAACCCCGGGAGGUGGCUGAUAACGUGCCAGGUUAAUGAGCACUUACGAGGUGGCAUGGAGGCACUGUAUGAUGUUCAGAUCUGCCAAAAAAACCUGUCUCGGCCUUUACCUCUCAGUCACAAGAGAAGAUACUAUAUUGCUGCUGAAGAAGUGCUCUGGAAUUAUGGACCUGACGGUUAUGAUAAAUUCACUGGGCAGGGUUUAAAUGCCACUGGCAGUGAAUCUGCAAUAUAUUUCACACAAGGGACUGACAGAAUAGGAGGGCAAUACUGGAAAGUUCUCUAUGUGGAAUAUACUGAUGCAACGUUCAGUAAGAAGAAGAUUCGGUCAGAGGAUAUGAAGCACCUGGGAAUACUUGGCCCCGUUAUAAAAGCUGAAGUGGGAGACACAGUGCUAGUUACGUUUGCCAACAAAGCCAGAAGGAGCUAUAGCAUUAUGGCCCAUGGCGUAAGCUUCAGCAAGCUGUCGGAAGGUGCUCCCUACUUAGAUGGCUAUCUGAAGCCAGGAGCCCAUGUUAAGCCGGGUGAAACCUUCACAUACAAAUGGAGGGUGCCUGAAAAUGGAGGCCCAACAGAGAGUGACCCCCCAUGCCUGACCUAUCUGUACUACUCAGCCACUGAUGCUGUCAAGGACACCAACUCCGGCCUCGUGGGGCCUUUGCUGGUCUGUCGGAAGAACACGCUGAAUCACGACGGGACGCAGAAAGGAAUAGACAGAGAAUUUUACCUCCUCUUUUCAAUCUUCGAUGAGAAUGACAGCUGGUAUCUCCACAAAAAUAUCGAAGCAUUUACUGGAGACCCUUCAAAAGUAGACGAAAAUGAUGCAGAUUUCAAGGAAUCCAACAAAAUGCAUGCUGUCAACGGAUUCUUGUUUGGUAACCUGCCAGGCCUGGCCAUGUGCAAGGACGACAAGGUCUCCUGGCACCUCAUCGGGCUGGGCAGUCACUACGACAUGCACGGGGUUCAUUUUCAAGGAAACACCAUCGACCUGAGGGGGACGACGAGGGACGGGCUGGCCUUGUUUCCUCAUUUAUCAGGGACAGCGCUGAUGCAGCCAGACCGUGUGGGCACAUUCAAAGUGGUUUGCAGGACUUUUGAUCACUUUGUCGGUGGGAUGAAACAUCUCUACGAGGUCAGCAGCUGCCGUAAUAGCACCCGAGGCCAGCAGCAGCACGGAGCCAUGAGGCUCUACUACAUCGCUGCGGAGGAGGUGGAGUGGGACUAUGCCUCAAAUAAGAGCUCGGCACCGAAGAUUUACAACAUCAGCAGCAAUGAGGAAAGCUAUGGGCAUGUUUUCCUCAGCCAAGCGGAAGAUCUGAUCGGUUCAAAAUACAAGAAGGUGGUUUACAGGGAGUACACAAAUGGCAACUUCACGCAGCGCAAAGUGAGGAGGGAGGAGGAGGAACACUUGGAAAUCCUGGGGCCGUUACUCCAUGCUGAGGUUGGUGACUCUGUCCUGAUCGUAUUUAAGAACAAAGCCAGCAGACCUUAUUCCAUAAGUGCACAUGGUAUAGAAGAAGUGGGUUGUGAAGAACAACCUGAGACCCCAAUCACCCUCCCCGGGGAAAUAAACACCUACAGGUGGAACGUCCCAGAACGAUCCGGCCCUGGUAAAACAGAUCCAAACUGUAUCACUUGGGUUUAUUAUUCAACAGCGAAUUUUGUAAAGGACACAUACAGCGGUCUGAUUGGGCCUCUUGUAGUUUGCAGAAAAGGAAUUCUAGAUGAAAGAGGUCUAAGAAAGGACAUUGAUCGUGAAUUUACCCUUCUGUUUAUGGUGUUUGAUGAAAAUGAAUCCUGGUAUUUGAAAGAAAAUAUUGAAACAUACCUUCAUAAGAAUCCUGAUGACUUUAAUUCCACUGAGAACUUUGUAGAAGGCAACAGCAUGCAUGCAAUCAAUGGGAAGAUUUACAACAGUCUCCUGGGUCUAACGAUGAAUGAAGGUGAUAGGACAAACUGGUAUUUGAUAGGCAUGGGCAAUGAAGUGGAUAUACAUACAGUCCACUUCCACGCACAGACCUUCAUCUUUAAGACAGAUAAGGACCACAGAGGAGAUGUGUACGACCUUUUUCCUGGGACUUUCCAGACAGUUGAACUUGUAGCAGAAAACCCUGGAACGUGGCUUCUGCACUGCCAUGUAGCCGAUCACAUCCACGCUGGCAUGGAGACGACCUACACCAUCAAUAAAUCAGAGCGGGAAGCCCCUUCAGAAGGAGGACUCACAACUGGAGCAUAUGAUACAACUAUUGCAAAAAAUAGGACCCAUGGAAAGGAUUAUGACAGCAAAGGGGGCAAUUUUUUUGGCAAAACUUUGAGCCCUGGAGAAGCCAGCCUGAUACUCGCAGCCCUUUUUUUCAUUGGCCUUGUUCUGUUGUCAACGGUAUUAACCCUCUUCUGCCUCGUCACCCGCCAAGGAAGCAGGAUCCACUAUACAGCUCUGCACGACAAAAGUGCACUUCUGACGGAUUCCCUGUAAAUUCCCGCUUUUAGCAUCAUUCACAGAGCCGUGCCGGAUUUCAUGACAUGCUGCUAAUAAAACUGGAGGAAGACAUGUGCUGAUAGUCCUACCCCGUAGCCAGCGCUCACAAGAGGGACCAGGAGCUGUAGGGUUCAGCUCCGAGGGCCACGCACCACCCACCCAUCACCGCUUCCACUCCUCCGGAGUUCAGCUGAGCUUUGCCCAAGAUCAAAUUUGGUGGCUGAGCAGCGCAGCACACCUCUUGGCCUCCACACGAGCUGCAAAGGAUUUAUCCACGGGAGUAAGGAGCGGGCAGCAUGGCAUCCAUGCGCUCUGCGCAGAAAUGCUAGGGAAUAAAUACCACCGGAGACUGUUCUAAGCGUGCCGGCUUCUGAAGGAGCAGGUGUCAAUGUGGAAGUCCCCGCAGUUUCCCAAAGUCUGGAUCAAUGAAUUCACCGAUAUUUAAGUGAAUCUCCUUUUUUUUUUUUUUUUCUUUCACCCUGUUAAAUGAGGAAACUGUGCUCCGAGGACAGAUUGGUUUCUAACAGCUUUUGUUAAUCCCUUUAAAAAUCUACCCCUGAGCAACCUCUGAGAAACUUAGUAAACUUUGUAAUUGCUGCUCGUUGUGGUCCUGAUUCUGUACCUCUUCUUUGCACGAUUAGCGCCUCGCUCCCUGCCUGUACUGAGGCCAUCAGGAGGCUGAUCUCUGCGCUCUGUGAGGAAGACAGGCAGAAUCAGGCCAUGUUUAUUGAUACUUGAAUGUUUAUAGCUCAUUUUUAAUUAGAUUGUGCUCCUUCUUGCCUGCUCACAUCGGCUACAGCUCUUGCAGAAGAACUCCAGAACACAUACAUCUGUGAAGCUGUUUAUCUAAAUUUGAUUUUGAACGUAAAUUCAAGUUUCUGGUUGUUUUCGGUUUUUGUUUUUGUUUUGUUUUUUUUCCAGUCCUGUAUUUUGAAGUACGUUCAAAUGUAGGGAACUUUACUGCCCAUCACUCUUAUUGUAGCUUA